UGUUAGCAUUGUAGCAUGCUGUCGUACCAAAACUAUUUUUGUUUUCACUAUCUCUAAUCCAUCUCAACCUCUACAUGUGAAUGCUGCGUUUGACUAAGAGUGAAACCAAAACUAUUUUUGGUUUCACUCUUAGUCAUUUGAACAAAAACUAUAUAAUCGUCGUAGACGAGAGAAAGAAGCAGAAACACCCAAGACGUCUCUACUUCUGCUGCAAGAAACUCUGUCUAGAUAGAUAUCCAACAUGGGGUACGGAGACAUCAUGAGGGUACAAACAUCUGGAGCGUCCAUGAAGACCGCCGGAGCUGACGGGCGGACAGGUGGUGUACAGGCAUCGGGAGAAAUGGCCAAACAUGAUUUGGCUUGUAUGAGAACAUAUAAGACCAUCAUUGGGAACGUGGCGCGCAGACAUGAUGUUGACCCAGCUCUCAUCGCUGCCAUCAUCUCCAGAGAAACCCGGGGAGGUGCCGACAUCUCCGGCAACAAUGGUUGGUGCCGGAGAGGUGUAGGCUUUGGCCUGAUGCAGGUUGAUAAGGAUGCGCACAAAUCAUUAAGAGGAGCCUGGAACAGUGAGACACACCUGGACCAAGCCACUGGGAUCCUGGUGGAUAUCAUUAAAGAAGUCCAGCGGGAUCGCCCCAGUUGGAGCCGUGAAAAGCAACUGAAGGGAGCGAUCGCGUACUACAACAUGGGAAGCAAUGUCCUCAAUUAUGAAAAUGUGGACUAUCUUACCACAGGCAACGACUACUCCUCUGAUGUCGUUGCCAGAGCCCAGUUUUACAAACGAAACGGGUUUUAGAGAAAUCACUCUUGAGCAGCCCAAAAGUUCUGUAUCA